CGGCGAGGAUGAGCUCCUUCCUCGAGUACCCCGUCCUCGGCGGCGAGGCGGGGGGCUGCGCCGCCCGCGCCUACCACCCUGACCACGGGAUUACAACUUUCCAGCCCUGCGCCGUGAGCGCCGGCAGCUGCAGCGGGGAGGACCGCUUCCUCGCGGGCCGCGGGGUGCCCAUCAGCCCCCACAGCCACCACCACCACCCCCCGGCCCAGGCCGCCGCCUACCAGCACCACGGCGGCCUGGGGGUUUCCUACGCGCACCCCGGCUGUGGCCCGACCUACGGCGCCCAGGGCUUCGGACCGGCGUACGGCCCCUACCCUCUCGGGCAGGACGCGGAGCUGGGCGGUGGCUUCCCCCCCUGCACCCCCGCCGUGUACUCCGGGAGCAUCUCCUCCUCCGUCGCUGCGCAGCACCCUCACCCGCACCAGGGCUACACGGGAGGUCCCGCUCAGUACGUGCCUCCCCCCUACGGGCAGGAGCAGCAGAGUCUGCCCCUGGGCACCUACAACCAUGCCCUGUCUCCCCUCCACGCCGGCCACCGGGAAAACGUCCGCUCCCCCUCCACCGAGACCUCGCCGCCGGCGCAAACCUUCGACUGGAUGAAAGUGAAAAGAAACCCACCCAAAACAGGCAAGGCUGGCGAGUACGGCUUCGUGGGGCAGCCCAACACCGUCAGAACUAACUUCACCACCAAGCAGCUCACUGAGCUGGAGAAGGAGUUUCAUUUCAACAAAUACCUGACCAGGGCCAGGCGGGUGGAAAUCGCUGCCUCCCUCCAGCUCAACGAGACGCAGGUAAAGAUCUGGUUCCAGAACCGGCGGAUGAAGCAAAAGAAACGGGAGAAAGAGGGGCUGCUGCCCAUCUCCCCCGCCACCCCCACGGGCUGUGAGGAGAAGGCGGAGGACUCCUCGGAGAAGUCCUGUUCGUCGCCUUGCAGCGCCUCGCCCGCCUCCUCCGCCUCGGACACGCUCGCUGCCUCCAACUGAGACCCGGUGGCCUCGACGGCCGGCCUAAUCGCCACAGCGUGGCUCGCGUUCAUUCACCGUGGUUAUGUCGGUCCCUUGGUCGGUCGGUCGGUCUCCCCGAGAGGCCCCGGAGCGCCGCCCCUCCCCCCCACCCCGCCGUCGCCCUGACCCGGGGGUGCCAGCUCUGCCACCCGUUCGCCUCCCAACCGCCGGGGCCCGGCACUUCUGAAACAAGAGAUUUUCUUUCGCCUCCCCAGCCCUUUCUGCUGGAGAAGCUGUGUUGGCAAACACCUAAGGGUCUCCUUCCUCCUCUGUAAGGACGCUCCUCCGAAUUGCCAUGAGCGAAAGACAGGUUAUCUAGGGUACAUAACCUCACGAAGAAAUGCACUAUUGCAAGUGUUUACACGACUUCUAGGACUUUCAUCCCCUUAAUUUAAUGUAUUCUUUGUUCGUGUCUAUGAGUUUGAUGCUUGUAAAUACUUUGUCUGAGAGAUUUAUCUUUUUACGGAUUUUUCUAGAAAUGAUGUUUCGAUUAUCAGGUUAAGCAGGGUGAGUGCAUUCGCCAAACUGGAUCCACUUUUAUAUUGGUAAAGCCGACAACCACAUCAAGUAAAUGUCUUAAGGUCAAGCAGAUACCUCAAAAAGUAGCAUUAUUCUUUAAGUGUGACAAACAAGGCUUCAAUUGCACUAGGUUUUGUAAACCUUACCCGGUGUGCUUGCCCCCCUCCCUUCUUAUCUACCUUCCCCCCCUUCUCCGAAGACUGUGCUGGAUUAUAUUCCACUGAAGGUUAUAACAGUCCAAAAGACCUCACGUCUUCUUAUUUUCAUAUUAACUUUCCUUUAGUCUCGAUGUCUUUUCAACCUACUCGUGAAUGUGAUGAAUGGCCAAAUGAAUGUAUAAUUUCUGUGGUUAGUGUCUGGACCAUUGCAUGACGCACCGUGCUUUGCUGUACUGCAGGUACACUGAGUUCUAUCAGCUGUUGUGUGUGAGCGAAAUGUCCUCCUGAUUUUCUGUACAAUCAUGAAAGGCUCUGGGAUUCCGCUGGUGAUGGGAGCCAGGGCAGGAUUUACGGGUCCUUAUAAUGUCUAUAAUAAACAUAUUCCACUUUCAGGUA